UAUAUGAUCAUCACAAACUUUACAAAUUAAAAGAAGUUUGUCUCAAAUGAAGCACAUUAGCGAGACUGUCUUCAAUAAACAUUAAUAUAAAGUUCAAAUGGAGCAAAGAAAGUUACAUUUCAUUUUUAUCUUCAUGCUUAUGAGUUGCGUUCAGUCAAUUACGUCACAGGAGACUAGACAAAACUCCACAAUAGAAGUACCCCUUCUGGAUAAUCAGCGUAUGCCUUUAGUAGUUUUGUUUGAUACGACUCAAUUAAACCAAGUAUUGAAGGACUAUAUCAUAAAGACAGUUGAGGAGACUACUGACCAGAAAAUUCCAAUUAUAAAAAAAACUGUCAUCGAAGAUAUCGGAUAUGAACCUGGACGAGAAAAGGAAAGGCCAGCUUUUACAGCAUCGCUUACAUCAUCCAGAAAUCUUGGUCUAUAUGAAGUUGUAAUAUUUGACAAAAUAUGGUUAAACAUGGGUGGAGCUUACGAUCAGGACACUGGAGUUUUUACUGGGCCGAAAACGGGACUCUACUCUAUUUCAACAACGGUUAUGUCCGAUAGUGGCAGCUAUUUACACUGCGAUCUGUGGAAAAAUAAUGAGAAAAUGGUCAGGGCUUUCGGUACUGAUUUAUCGACUGGGACUCAGAAUGUUGUGCUGGCAUUGAAGAUGAAUGACACAGUUUAUGUUAAACAUAUUAGUGGUACGGAAACUAUUUAUGGAGAUCAUAGGUCGACAUUUUCUGGAUACCUAAUUACCGAGUAAACCAGUAAAAACACAUUUUAGAAAAAAUAAAUCUGGACAAGAGAAAUGUUUUAGAGGCAGCCGUCAUUAUGCAUAUAAUGUAUAGAUAAUGUUAUAUUCAUGUUACUGCAAAUUUCAAAAUGCUAGUACCUAUAUUAUUUCAAAUUAUAAAAAAAUACGAAUUUGUUGAGUGAAUAAUCGAGCAUUUUCAUUAUAUUUAUCUAGUAAUUCUGAAUAAAUUUCAUCUUUGUUUUAA